CGCGGGGGCGCCGGGCACCUGUCUGGACCUCCCGUUCGCGCUUGCUCGGAGGCGGCUCCCUGGAGGCGGAAGCCGCUGCUUUGGGGCGAGACGUGACUUGGAGUUCGGGAGCCCGGAUCCCGGCCCGGCGGGUGGGCACGAUGCGGCUGGGCUCCGGGACCUUCGCCGCCUGCUGCGUAGUGAUGGAGGUGCUCGGGGUCGCGCUUUUCCUCCGGGGAUUCUUCCCGGCUCCCGUUUGUUCCUUUUCCGGGACGGAGCAGCAAACAGAGUCCCCAGCGCCCGAACCCUCGGCUGGAGCCAUUUCCAACUGGACCAAGCUCCCACCACCUCUCUUCAGUAAAGUUGUUAUUAUGCUGAUAGACGCCUUGAGAGAUGACUUUGUGUUUGGGUCAAAGGGUGUGAAAUUUAUGCCCUACACAACUUAUCUUGUGGAAAAAGGAUCAUCUCACAGUUUUGUGGCUGAAGCAAAGCCACCUACAGUUACUAUGCCUCGAAUCAAGGCAUUGAUGACAGGGAGCCUCCCCGGCUUCAUCGAUGUCGUCAGGAACCUCAAUUCUCCCACGCUGCUGGAAGACAACGUGAUCACACGAGCAAAAGCAGCGGGGAAAAGAAUCAUCUUUUACGGAGAUGAAACAUGGGUGAAGUUAUUCCCAAAGCAUUUUGUGGAAUAUGAUGGAACAACCUCUUUUUUUGUAUCAGAUUAUACAGAGGUGGAUGAUAAUGUUACAAGACAUUUGGAUAGAGUAUUAAAAAGGCGGGAUUGGGAUGUGUUAAUCCUCCACUACCUUGGGCUGGACCACAUCGGCCACGUUUCUGGGCCCAACAGCCCGCUGAUCGGGCACAAGCUCAGUGAGAUGGACAGCGUCGUGAUGAAGAUCCACACCUCUCUGCUCUCAGAGGAGAGAGAGACUCUGUUACCCAAUCUGCUGGUUCUUUGUGGUGAUCAUGGCAUGUCUGAAGCUGGAGGUCAUGGAGCCUCUUCUGUGGAGGAAGUAAACACUGCUCUGAUCUUAAUCAGCUCUGCAUUUGAAAGGAAACCUGGUGACGUCAGACAUCCAAAGUAUAUUCAACAGACUGAUUUGGCUGCAACACUAUCAAUAGGGCUUGGUCUGCCGAUUCCAAAGAGCAGCAUCGGCAGUCUUAUAUUCCCAGUUGUAGAAGGAAAACCAAUGAGGGAACAACUGAGAUUUUUACAUUUAAAUGCAGUACAGCUUAGCAAGUUGUUGCAGGAGAAUGUUCCAUCAUACAAAAAAGAGCCUGGAUUUGAGCAGUUUAAAGUGUCAGAAAGGUUGCACGGGAACUGGAUCAGACUGUACUUGGAGGAGAACAACUCAGAAGUCCUUUCCAACCUGGGAAGCAAGGUUCGCAGGCAGUACUUGGACGCGCUGAGGACCCUGAGCCUAUCCCUGAGCAGACAAGCAGCCCAGUAUGACGUCUACUCCAUGGCGGUGGGGACCGUCCUGGUCCUGGAGGUCCUCGCCCUGCUCCUGCUCAGCGUCCCCCAGGCGCUGAGGGGCAAGGCCGAGCUGGACGUUCCUCUGCUGUCGCCCGUGUUCUCUCUGCUCUUUUACCUGCUGCUCCUGGUUCUUGCAGCGCUCCACGUCGUCGUGUGCACCUCCUCGGGCAGUUCGUGCUACCUGUGCAGCCUCCCAUGGCUGGCGGCAGGCGGAGUGAUGGUGCUGAUUUCCACACUGUUCUGCGCAGUCAUAUCUGCUCUCACCAGGAUGUUUGCCAGUGGAAAGCGUCUGAGUAAGAAUCCACCUCAAUCCAACUCAAGGUGGUCGGAGUUAGAUCUUCUCAUCUUGCUGGGGACCGUGGGCCACAUGUUGAGCCUGGGCGCAAGCAGCUUCAUCGAAGAGGAGCACCAGACAUGGUACUUCCUCGUCAACACGCUGUGUCUAGCUCUGUGCCACGAAAUCUACAGAAACUGCUUUCUGGGAGACGACUGUGCGCCUCAGCGUUGCCCGCACGUGGGAGAGGAGUUUGACGGGGUCUCAGCGGCCCCACAGGGCAAGAGCACUGGCCCUGACGUGUGGGAGCUCGACAGAGCGUCCAAGCACCCCUCUCCCCUGGAAGCGCUCAGAGGCCCUGAAAGGUGGAUGGUGCUGGCCAGCCCGUGGGUGAUUCUGACCUGCUGCCGGCUGCUUCGGUCACUGAACCAGACAGGUGUGCAGUGGGCCCACCGGCCUGACCUGGGGCACUGGCUCACCAGCUCUGAUCAUAAGGCUGAACUCUCUGUUCUGGCCGCAGUUUCCCUCAUCAUGAUUUUUGUGUUGGUUCAGAAGAGGUGCUCCCUGGCAUCAAAAGUGGCCAUGGCGUUUGGCCUGCUGGGCAUCUAUUGCUACAGGGUGGCCAUUGGAAAUCUGCUGUUCCCAUGGCAACAAAACAACAAAGACAUUUCAAAGGGCAUUACCGAAGCUCGUUUUGUUUAUGUCUUUGUCCUUGGCAUUCUGUUCACGGGCACCAAAGACUUGCUUAAAUCUCAAAUCACUGCUGAUGACUGCACAGUCAAGGCUGUGGGCCUCUGGGAAAUAUACAGUGGGUUAGUUCUGCUGGCGGCGCUGCUCCUCAGGCCUCACAAUCUUCCCGUCUUACUGCUGAGCCUUGUGAUCCAGACCAUCCUGACUCAGUUCAUCUGGAGGCCCCUGAGGCACGACGCAGCUGAGGUCACCGUGAUGCAUUACUGGUUCGGUCAAGCGUUCUUCUAUUUUCAGUCCAGCUGUAGCCUCGCCCCAAGUACCCCCCACUUCAGUGCCUACCGUUGUCACCAGGACCCCGCAGCGAUGUCACAGCUGGGGUCCUUGCGGACCCAGGGCGUGGACCGCACCUCCUGGAGUCUGAGCCGCCCAUCGCGGGAAGGUGCCCUCUGACAGCCGAGCGCCGGACCACGGAUUCUGUUCCUUGUAUGCCUCAUGGUGUUUUACCACCAAGGACAGAGCUGUUCGUACCUCUCAGAAGAAAUUCAGAAGGUCACAGGCGUCAUGGAUGUGGAGAAAUGCAGAGCUUGCAUUUCCAGAAUUGCAGAGUACCAGCCGGGAGUGGGAAGACAGCGAAGGGACCAGCGUGAAUGCGGGCCCCAAGGGAGGAGGGAGGAGAGCGGCCGGGUGCCUGUUCCGAGCGCGCCUGCGUCAGAGCUGUCCUGCCGGCUGGUUGGUGUAGCUCAUGUGUGGCCUCAGAAGGACCGUAGGUUUCACUGCACAUCUCCAGAAAUGUCCAGACGGCCCAUGUCAGUCUGUUUCCUCUCUUCACCUGGACGUCACUUGCAGGCUUGUUCCUGGGGGUUGCCUCCUGUCUGGAGGUCAGUUAACAAUGGGCACUCUGUCUCUGAGCACAAGUGGCUUGGUGGGGAUGGGAACGCUGCCACAUGGGAAGGUCGCCUCAUCCCUCUCCCUUCUCCAGGCUCCCCAGGGCCCAGCUGAACAGCGGGCUUGUCUCAUGAACGCAGGACACCCCUGCCGGGGGGCGCACAGCCCCACAGCUCUGUGUGGGAGCCCUCCCGGCAGCGCCCACACAGUCUACAAGCUGCAGGUGUGUCCUGGGGGCACAGCAGACCCUGCUGGCCUGAUCAAGCAGGUGCCCACAGUCUCCCUCUGAACCCAGACGGAGAAGGCAGCUGCUGGCCAGGCAGCCUGGCUCAGCGCUGAGGCCUCAGUGUCAGGAAGACUGACCACAGGUAAUGCCCGAGCAAGGAGGCAGACUCGGACGUUCGGUUUGCUCCUCUGGGGCAUGUGACCUCGUCCCACGGGGGUGAGCACGAAACUUCUGUGACGGCAUGUGAUGCUGGCACAUCUCCGGCGCUGCCCAUGGGCAGCCAGAGUGCACGAGUCCAACGGCCACGGGCGUCCCUGCAGCAGGCGCCAUCAGAUGUGCUAGAGGCCCUCAGGAGCAAGACCAGCGCAGGUCGGCCCUUGCACGGGGGCCCCACAGCAAGUCGGACGCGCGGCAAUUGUGCGGGCUUGGGAGCAGAGCGCCCCUGGGCCGUCCUCAUCUCCCCUCCCACAGCCCUUCCCUCUGGCGUCUCCCUUUGCUCCCUGGCGGGUUUCCUGGCAGGAGAAUCACAGGCUCUCCGCUUCUUCUUCCAGCCUUCAGCUCACCAACUCCUCGUGGUAUGGGGUCAGGAGCGUGGUGCCCAGCUGGCAUCCACAGCUCUCCGCGGGCCCCUGGGUCUCUCCCUGCCUCGAUUCCCCACCUGCACGGUGUCGGGACUGUUGAGGAUCUAGUGAGUUAACGCAAGGAAAGCCCCAGAGCAUGCGGGCCGCGCCUUAGGCCAACCCUCUCUGACGGCUGAAUCGGCUUCAGCGGGACCUCCAGCGACCUGCCUGGUGUCGGACCCGCUUUUCCAUCUUCGGCCCACCUCAGCGUGGCAUUUGGGACUCUUGUUCUUGCUCCCCUCCUCCUCUCAGCAGCUCUAGGGUCUCCUUCUCCAGGGAGGGAGUCAUGCAGUUAGGGGAAAGCCCAGGUGGACAUGGGCAGAGCGGGGGGUCAGGGGGGAAGCUGCACGAAGGAGGUUAUAGUCGAGGGAAGAGCACGGCUCUGAGAUGUUUGGGGUCUGCACCACGACCCAGUGACUGCCUGGAGUGGCACACGGCCAAGGGAGAAGGUGGUGGGCUUCACCCAGCCGGACUUGUGUCCCAGGCCGUUGGGGCAAGAGCUCCUGGGAGGGGCCUUCGCUGGGCUGGGACAGACAUUUGUGCUGUCAGACCCGUAAACAUCAUGAGUGUCUCAGAAAAGGCCCCCAGCGUCAACGAAGACUGAGAGUGGAGAGGGACUGAACCUUCUGAGACCCUUCCCUUGGAUUCAAAACCCCACCGUCCCUGUGUGGGAUCAGCUGUCCUGUUACUGGCCCGGAUCUUGCAUCUGACACCUGAGCCGUACGCCAGGCAGCCAGCCCGCCCGCCCUCCGCCACCUCACAGCGGCGUCCACCCUCGAGCGAGCCAUGUGGCAACACCGCCCUCAGCCCCCCCAAGCCACGUGCAGCCCUCAGACUGGGUCCCUGAGGAGGGAGGUCGGUGUGUCUGUCUGAAGUAAAUAGAUCUGCGGAAGUUUGGAAUUUUCCAUAGUUCAUCAUCAGACUUACAUUUGUAUAGUUUCUUGAAGGUAAAAGACAUUCCACUUGCUCCUCCUGCCUGGGCGUGAGGCGGGCAGGUGGAGGGACAGCAUCUAGGGUCAGCCCCGGAACCAGGAGUGAGCGGGCAGCUGGGGCUCCUGUGUGUCCAGGUCACCGUGACCGGCUCUCACAGUUGCUAGUGGCCAUGGAAUGAGACCAGCCGGCUCAGCAUGUUUCUCCC